AGUGGAUGGAGUGGGGAGGGUGCAAGCCUGGAGGGAGGCAGCAUAGCUCGGAGACAGCAAAGCUACAAAGUAGAAUCAAAGACAUCCAAGAUUUGCCAUGGCCAUCCCGCUGCAGGGGAAGGCGCAGCAGCAGCAAGGGGAGGGCGGCAAGGGCGACGGCGCGGUGGAUGACGACGGGGACGACCAGCCGUCGGUGGCGUCGGAGCUGCGUGAGCUGUGGGGGAUGGCGGCGCCGAUCACGGCGCUCAACUGCGUCGUCUACCUGCGCGCGAUGGUGUCCGUGCUCUGCCUCGGCCGCCUCGGCCCGCUCGACCUCGCCGGCGGCGCGCUCGCCAUCGGCCUCACCAACAUCACCGGCCACAGCGUCCUCUUCGGCCUCGCCUCCGGCCUCGAGCCGCUCUGCGCCCAGGCGUUCGGCUCCAAGAACUACGACCUCCUCACGCUCUCGCUCCAGCGCGCCGUCCUGCUGCUCACCCUCGCCGCGCUGCCCAUCGCGCUGCUCUGGCUUCACGUCGGCCCCAUCCUCGUCGCGCUCGGCCAGGACCCCACCAUCUCCGCCUCCGCCGCCGCGUACGCCGCCUACGCGCUCCCGGACCUCGCCGCCAGCGCCGUGCUCCAGCCGCUGCGCGUCUACCUCCGCUCGCAGGGGAUCACCAAGCCCAUGGCCGCCUGCUCCGCCAUCGCCGUCGCGCUCCACGUCCCGCUCAACGUGCUCCUCGUGUUCGGCCUCGGCUUCGGCGUGCGCGGCGUCGCGGCCGCGCAGGCGCUCACCAACACCAACAUGGUCCUCUUCCUCCUCGCCUACAUCCGCUGGUCGCGCGCCUGCGACGCCACGUGGAAGGGCUGGGCGCGCCCCGCCGCCGUGGCGAGCGGCCUCGCCGGCCUCGUCCGCCUCGCCGUGCCCAGCUGCGUCGGCGUCUGCCUCGAGUGGUGGUGGUACGAGGUGGUCACCGUGCUCGCCGGGUACCUGCCGGACCCCGCCGCCGCGGUCGGCGCCGCCGGCGUGCUCAUCCAGACCACGAGCCUCAUGUACACCGUGCCCAUGGCGCUCGCCGCCUGUGUCUCUACUCGGGUGGGGAAUGAACUGGGGGGAGGGAAGCCGAGGAGGGCGAGGAUGGCGGCGAUGGUGGCGCUGGGGUGCGCGGUGGUGAUCGGGGUGGUGCACGUGGCGUGGACGGCGGCGUUCAGCCGGGAGUGGGUGGAGCUGUUCACGCGGGAGGCGGCGGUGGUGAGGCUGGCGGCGGCGGCGAUGCCCAUCCUGGGGCUGUGCGAGCUGGGCAACUGCCCGCAGACCACGGGCUGCGGCGUGCUGCGCGGCACGGCGAGGCCGGCCGUCGGCGCGCGCAUCAACCUGCUCUCCUUCUACCUCGUCGGCACCCCCGUCGCCGUCACCCUGGCGUUCGGCGCCCGCGUCGGCUUCGGCGGCCUCUGGUACGGCCUCCUCUCCGCGCAGGCCGCCUGCGUCGCGCUGGUCCUCCUCGCCGUCGUGUGGCGCACCGACUGGCACCUCGAGGCCCUCCGCGCCAAGAAGCUCACCGGCCUCGAGAUGAUCGCCGCCGCCGCCGAAGGCGACGACGACGAGUGCAAGCGCCUCAUCGCGCCGCUGCCGCCGCCCGAUGGUCACGAUGUCGCCGUCGACGUCGUGUAGGACGACGUCGUUUACGAUCGUGCACGUACGCUUUUGGUUUUGGGUACACGGCGACGCAUGGCGCGGACACAUGCAUCGAUCGAUCGUUGAUCGUACGGACCGAAUUGGCCUAGCUAUAUGCUGCUGAUCAUACGCUACGCGCUGCAAGUUGGGGCGUCAGUGGCUGAAGCUGCGUGCGUGCGUGGUUGGAAAAUGACAGGGGCUGAAUUAGAUUAAGUGGGCUAGCAAUAUCAGGAUCAACAAGCUAUAUAUAGCUACAAGCACUGGUGAGGUGGGUUUGUUUUGUGUGUACAUGUGCGUGUUUGUGUGAGUGUUGACAAGUUGAGAUCGAUGGCGAUGGAACAUGCAACGUGUACUGCUAGAUGAUCAGGAGCUAGCUAGGCCUGCCUGAAUGAUGAUCAUGGAGUAUGAUAUUGCAUGAAACUGCCA